AUGCCAAACCAGAUUAGAGACAUCGCAACCCGCGACGAGACCUCGUUCUCCUACAUCUUCGAGCAGAACCUCACCAUCCCACUCAAGGAUGAAUCAGGUCUCGUCCGAUGCAAUGUCUACAGACCCAAGACCUCAGAGAAGGUCCCUGUCCUCGUCACGUACGGGCCGUACGGCAAAGACAUCAGCUAUGAAGCCUUCCACCCCCAAAGCUUCAGCGAGGUUAACCCAGAGCAACGCUCUGAGCACUCAGCUUGGGAAACCCCCGACCCAAAAUUCUGGACUAGCAACGGCUACGCCGUUGUUCGCGCCGACGAGCGCGGCACAGGCCAGUCAAUGGGCAAGCUGGACACGAUGUCGCGAGGCACAAGUGAAGCCUUCUUCGACGUAGUCGAAUGGGCUGCCGAGCAGCCUUGGUCCAGCGGCAAAGUCGGACUCCUUGGAAUCAGCUACUACGCCGGUAGUCAAUGGCGAGUCGCAGCGCGUCAGCCGAAGGGUCUCUCGUGCAUUAUUCCCUGGGAGGGAAUGUCCGAUUAUUACCGGGAUAGAUGUCGCCAUGGCGGAAUCCUGUCGAACAAGUUCAUCAAAUUCUGGUGGGAUCGACAGGUCGUCAGUAACCAGUAUGGACUUGGUGGACGGGCAGCGAGGAACUGGGGUCCUGAUAGUAUUGAGGGUGAUCUUCCUGAAGAGGAACUUGUGCGGAAUCGACAGGAUCAGACGGUCGAUAAUGUGAGCAAUCGGUUCCGCGAUGAUUUGUACUAUGCCUCGAAGGAGUAUAGUAUGUCUGAUAUCAAGGUACCGUUGUUAUCUGUUGCGAAUUGGGGCGGAAUUCUGCUUCAUCUUCGUGGUAAUGUGGAGGGGUAUACACAUGCAGGUUCCGACUUGAAGUAUCUCCGCUUCAUUACUGGCCGUCAUGAUCUGCCAUUCUAUUACAAAGAGGAAGUCGAGCUGCAGCGCAGUUUCCUCGACGCUUUCCUCAAAGGCGAGGAUCGUGCGGGCUGGGCUGAUGGCACUGCGCCAAAGGUUGAUAUGGUUCUGCGCAAGGGUGAUGUCGGACACAACAACGCCGAAGCUGAGAAGGCAUUCCCUCGUCGUAUCGAGCAGGAGUGGCCGAUUGCUCGUACGCAAUAUACCAAGUUCCACCUCACCUCGAACAACGGGCUCAUCACAUCGCCACCAAAGGAAUCCCGCUCGACAAAGAUCUCUUACCAGGCACUUGGCAACCUUGAAAAUCCCCAGCUGGUUCAAUUCACCACUGACGCCUUCGAGACCGAAACCGAAAUCACGGGCCACAUCGUCGCACACUUGAACGUAUCAAUGAGCGCGAACCCAGGUUCCGAAACACCUCAGGACCUGGAUCUAUUUGUGACACUGCGGUAUAUCUCACCAGCUGGAACCGAAGUCUUCUACACCGGUACAGCAGGUGACCCCGUGCCAUUGUGCAAGGGCUGGUUGCGUGUUUCGAUGAGACAGGUUGAUCCCGAGAACCCCAAGCACCGGGAAUACCUGCCUCAUCGGAAUUAUUACUCAACCGAUGCCAAGCCUGUGAUUCCUGGUGAGGUCUAUCCUGUUGAUGUGGAGGUUUGGCCGACAAAUGUGGUCGUCGAGAAGGGUGGUAAGAUUGUUUUGGAGAUUGGUAGUGGUGAUACCCAGGGUUCUGGUAUUUUCCAACAUAACUCGCCUGAAGACCGAUCUGUUGAGCGCUUCCAGGGCCAGAAUCAUAUUCACUUUGGUCUUGCAGAGAACUAUGUUACUCUGCCUAUUAUUCCGUCUGCUUAG